AUGUUCUCCGCGCGGAGCUUUGGCGGAAGGCAAUAUAUGAAGAACUACACAAUCAACCACGCACCACACGGCUGUCACAUACUCGCUUUCUUUGGUCUGGCUGAUCUACUCCGCCUGAUACUGGACGAAACCAAGGGAUCCUGGGAUCUCAUUGACGAGAAGAAUUCAGAGGGCGAGACACCGCUCGCAAUGGCUUCGAUUCACGGGCAUCCGGAAGUGGUAGAGCUACUCUUGAAAAUCGAACGAGUCGACCCCAAUACAAAAACGCCCAGGAAUAUGACACCUCUGCACCUUGCGGUGCUUCAUGACAACCAUUCAGUUGUCAAGGCGUUGCUGACCUCGAGGCGGGUGGACGCGAAUUGCAGAGGUAGCCACGGAAACACGCCCCUCCACAUAGCAAUCGAGGAUGAGAACAAAGCUCUCAUCAGGCUGAUGAUCGACAACUUCAAGGACCGUAUCAACUUUAAUGCAACGGACCGAGCCCGUUACACAGCACUCCACAAGGCUGCAAAAUGCGAGGACUCGGAUAUCAUGAAAAUGCUUUUCGAAGUGCUCAAUGACCUCAUUGAUUUCAACGCUAAGGACAUCGACGGAUGGACUGCCCUUCACCAUGCCUAUUUCUACAAGCGUGUUGCUAUACAGCAGUUUUUAUACACACAGAAGGAUGUGUUCGACACCAACGUCGCAGACUACAGCGGCUGGAAUCCGCAAUUGGAUCCUGCAAAUGAGAAAUCAUGGUACUACCGCACGAAAGGACUAAGUUACGAGGGAAGGAGAGGAAAGAGCCCACACCCUCUUGUUUACUAUCUUCAAAAUCCGUAA